AUGGCAACUGCACAGCUGUUUGACAGCUGUUCAAGGCAAACAAUAGGCAAACUCAGGAGGUUCCGCUUGCAGGGGUUCACAACCGUCGAAGAUAAAGCUCUUCUAAUCCUGACCGUCUUAUGCAUCACCCUGACCUUGUGCCAUGGAUCUUGUUUUUGGGAUGAGCCCCAAGCAGUCAUAAAAGACGGGAAAGUUUUGGAUCCAGAUAGCUGUACCGAUCCUUAUGAUGGGAGUAAGCAUGCCCUUGGGUCUGCAUGGAACACAGCGAAAUGUUUCGGCUGCAGCUGCAGUAGUAAAGGAGUGCUACACUGCUGUACCAGAUAUGGCGGCCCUGCAGUCAUGGAAGGAUGCAAAGGAGUUGUUGACCUAGAAACAUGCACUUACAAAUUUUAUAAGGUUGAUGACCCUUCAACACCAUGUCCAAGGGUUUAAAGCCCCACUUUGU